AAGGAGGGUUUUAGGACCCGGCGGGGCACGGCGGACUAGGGUUAAGGAUCGGGGAGGUCGGGAGCGCGCCCGCGAUUCCGGAGCAGUGGCGGCCUUGCCGGAGUCGGGAGCGAGCAGGCCUGCGAGCCCUGGGGUGCUGGAGGAGGAGCGGGGGGCUCGGUUCUCUAGCCAUGGCACAAGUAGAGAAACGAGGAGGCUUGCUCCGGAAAUCUUCAGCCUCAAAAAAACCAUUAAAGGAAAAAGUGGUGCUGAUGUAUGAUGAGAUUUUUAUGACAGAGGACCCCAGUAAGUGUAGUCCUCGGUUUUGGGAGGAGCUCUUCCUCAUGAAGGUGAAUUUAGAGUAUCUAGAAGGCAAGCUGGAGUCUCUGGAUGGUGAAGAGCUAAUGAAGAUCAAGGACAAUGUUAACUGUUUAUUUCAACACUGUAUCCAGGCUCUAGGAGAGGAGCAUCCAAUCCGAGUUGUCAAUGCAUUGCAGACCUUGUGUGCAUUAAUUCGAGGAGUUCACCAGAAGAAUAAAUCUACAUCUGGAUUUGACAUUAUCAACAUGCUGAUGGGCUUUGACAAAGCGGAACUGUGCAUGAAGAACUUGAUGGAGAGUUUGGAUUCAUUACUUUGUGCAGAAGGUUCAGAAAGUCUGAAGAGUUUAUGCCUGAAACUUCUUCUUUGCUUAGUGACUGUUACAGACAACAUCAGUCAGAACACUAUCCUGGAAUAUGUAAUGAUCAACAGUAUAUUUGAAGCAAUUCUACAGAUACUGUCCCAUCCCCCAAGUCGUAGAGAGCAUGGGUAUGAUGCUGUUGUCCUCUUGGCUUUGCUGGUAAACUACAGAAAAUAUGAGUCAGUGAACCCUUACAUCGUGAAGCUGUCCAUUGUGGAUGAUGAAGCUACCCUGAAUGGAAUGGGGCUUGUGAUCACUCAGGCUUUGUCUGAGUACAAUAGGCAGUAUAAAGACAAGGAAGAAGAACACCAGAGUGGUUUUUUCUCUGCUUUAACAAAUAUGGUGGGCAGCAUGUUCAUAGCAGAUGCCCCUGAGAAAAUCUCGGUACAAACCAAUGAAGCCAUUCUUCUGGCACUUUAUGAAGCUGUCCAUUUAAAUCGAAACUUCAUCACAGUAUUAGCUCAGAGCCACCCAGAAAUGGGGUUGGUGACAACCCCUGUCAGUCCUACUCCAGCAGCCCCAGUCACACCACUUGGGACCACUCCACCCUCCUCUGAUGUUAUAAGUUCUGUGGAACUCUCAUUGGAUGCAGAUGUACAGACCAGUAACCUACUGAUAACCUUCUUAAAGUAUAGCUCGAUUGUCAUGCAGGACACUAAAGAUGAACACAGGCUUCAUAGCGGCAAACUCUGUCUGAUUAUCCUUACAUGUAUUGCAGAGGAUCAGUAUGCCAACGCGUUUUUACAUGAUGACAACAUGAAUUUUCGAGUAAACUUACACAGAAUGCCUAUGAGACACAGGAAGAAGGCGGCUGACAAGAACCUUCCUUGCCGUCCCUUGGUGUGUGCAGUCCUGGACCUCAUGGUGGAGUUCAUUGUAACGCACAUGAUGAAGGAGUUCCCUAUGGAUCUUUAUGUGCGCUGUGUCCAGGUCGUGCAUAAACUGCUGUGUUACCAGAAGAAGUGUAGAGUUCGCCUGCACUAUACCUGGCGGGAACUCUGGUCAGCCUUGAUAAACUUGCUGAAGUUCCUUAUGUCAAAUGAAACUGUACUUUUGGCCAAACACAACAUUUUUACAUUGGCCCUUAUGAUUGUGAACCUGUUUAACAUGUUUAUCACAUAUGGUGACACAUUCCUGCCAACACCCAGCAGCUACGAUGAACUUUACUAUGAAAUUAUUCGCAUGCACCAGAGCUUUGACAACCUCUAUUCCAUGGUUCUUAGGCUUUCUACCAACGCAGGCCAAUGGAAGGAAGCAGCUAGCAAGGUGACACAUGCAUUGGUUAAUAUCAGAGCCAUCAUCAAUCACUUUAAUCCCAAAAUUGAGUCCUACGCUGCUGUGAAUCACAUAUCUCAACUCUCGGAAGAACAGGUACUAGAGGUGGUUCGAGCCAACUAUGACACACUCACACUGAAGCUACAAGAUGGCCUGGACCAGUAUGAGCGCUACUCCGAGCAACACAAGGAAGCCGCCUUCUUCAAAGAGCUGGUUCGAUCCAUUAGUACCAACGUCCGGAGGAACCUGGCCUUCCACACACUCAGCCAGGAAGCCCUCCUGAAGGAGUUCUCUACCAUCUCCUGAGACUGCGCUGCCUGAGAGCCACUGAUUGCCCUUACCCAUGAGACUCCUGGGCUGGAGGGCAAGCACAUGGAGUGAGGACUGCCUUCAAGGUUGGAGAGAAGCAGAGACAUUGAGAGUCUUGGUGAAGGCCAUGCUUCAGUGAGCUUGGACAGCUGGGGCAAGCCCAGGAUGAUCUUAUUUGGGGAGAAAUGGGCAGGCAACAGAAAAGGCAUGCAGAAAUGCGGGGCUUCUGGGCUGCAUUCACGGGGUACUGCCUCAUGACUCCAGCUGGGGUUCCAGGUUCUGGCUUCCGAUUGAUUAUUCAGGUGCUGGUGGAGCAGGCCUCAGCUGAUGCCAAUACUCUGAAGGCCAGCGGCUGGUUUUGGCUAUGAUGCCACAUCCUGUUUUCUUUUUGGACCUGGAGCUGAACGAGGCCCCUGCCCCUGCUGCAGUGUGUCCAGUCCUUAGCACCUCUGCCCAAGCAUAGAGUAGGUCAGGGAUGGCGCCUUUUUUCUGUUUUCUAAAUUCAAAGUUGAUGCCUCAGAGAAACUGGAGAUUGGAAUCUGCCUGGUGCUGUGCUGUCCGACCUCCACUUUCUGGAUUUGGUUCUGGCACCAGGAGUACCUGUUCACUUUUCCUUGCCUUCCAACCGUUGACUCAUCAGCACAAUAGGCCCACAACUUUAGCCUUUUGUUUCCAGUCUGUUUUAAACUGUCUUAAAGGAGUGUGUGAAAUAAACAUUGACAGGUUUUCUGCAGCCCUCAAGGUGCCUACUUUGCUGGUUCCCUUUCCAGCAGCUCCUCCCCACCACCCCCUCCAAUGGGAGCCUAGAUGAGCUCCCCUCCACGUGCUCCACCCCCUCACCCUGCUGUUGUUUACAUUCAGCCUGCCUAAGAAUUUCCUCUAGGGAGGAGUCUGUUCCUGCUGUGGUCUGGUGCUGGGACGGAGAGAACCUGUCCAGGUUAGGAAGGAAGCAGCGCGGGUGCUGGAACAGGCUAGGUGAGCCUCAUGCCUAGGACCUCCAUCUUGUCUAGCCAUAUUCUAGCUGGGCCUUGGGCACAUCCUACCUUCGUGAAGUUGGCCUGUGGCUGCCCUCUCUUAAUAGUCUCCAUGGAACCCCUGCAGAGCCUUUCCCUUCCCCACAGCAGCCCCUGAAAUAACUGCUGCUCUGAGGUCCUCCAUGCACCCCGAUCUAAAGUUUUGUAGAUGGCAGGAGGCAUGCAGCUUGUGGGGUUCAGAGGGAGGCUGAGCGAAGGGCGGGGUCCUGAGCGCCUGUGCAUUUAGCAUAUCUCUUGGGGAUCCUUGCCCUCCCUGGGAGCCAGAGUUCUGAUUGAAUGGAAGUGUGCUAGUUCUAGAGAAUUCAGCAGCAGACUGACAUGCAUAGAUGUUGGCUGGGUCAUCUCUGAUCACUGGUCACUGGAUGGAUAACUUGACCUGAGGUUUCUAAUUUUUUCCAUGGUGAUAAACCCCAGAGCAGCUGGAUCUGGAGCUGGUGGCAAAUCAACGCUAUUAAAAUGGAUUUGUGUGGUACAGUC